AUGACAAUUAUGAAGACGGAACUAUCUGAGUUUCAAACUAAGAUGAGUGCUGAAAUUAAUGAGCUGCGUAAUGCAUUUGAACACCAGAAAAAUAAAUGCAAAGAAACUAGUACGUCCCAGUUAACGCCCGUGCAUUCAAACACGCUACCGCUUAUGCCUAUACCACGUACUAACAAUACGAAACCGGUUGAAGCAGAAUUUACGCCAACGUAUAGGGAUAUUGUACGCAAAGUGUUGCGCCCGCGACGUACUAAAUUCGACCAUAUGCGAACGACACCGAAAGAUGAGAUUCGCAUGCUUAGUAAGAACGGACUAAGUUCAAAGUCGAACGAUAACGAGCAGUUUGAUUGCGAUGAUAACUUUACAUUAGUUAAGAAUAAAAAACGUAAAUAUAAAAUUAAUAAUUUGCGAGGAACUUGUGAAACUACGGGAAAGAUACGAGUCGUAGAAUCUCAAUGUUCGAUUUACGUUUCUCGUGCGAUGAAAUCUGUCACUGUAUCGGAUAUAAUCGACCAUAUUACGGACAUGGGUAAACAAUGUUCUAACGUGGAGUUACUACAGCAGUUUAAUGAAACGUCGUUUAAUUCUUUUAAAGUAACAAUACCGACGAGUAAAAUAGAUACCUUUUUGGAUACUAACUUCUGGCUCGCGGGUCUUGUUUAUCGAAGAUUUCGUGAACGUAGACAACCUACCGUCCUUAAUAUAAAACUUAAUGGA